AAAAUAGCUGAUCUUGGUGUAAGUAAUGAAUUUGAUGGAAAUGAUGCAUUUUUGACAAGUACUGUUGGGACCCCUGCCUUUACACCACCAGAGUGCUUGUCACAGCAACCAGGAGAACCACCCUACUCCGGGAAGGCUGCUGAUAUCUGGUCCCUGGGUGUGACCCUGUACUCCCUGGUCUACGGUAGAGUUCCUUUCUUUGAUAACAAUAUCGUGGCACUGUAUAACAUCAUCAAAACAAAAAAUGUCGAGAUUCCUCCUGGUUCCAUAUCAGCAGAGCUGGAAGAUCUUCUAACAAGGAUGCUACGUAAAGAUCCAAACCAGAGAAUAUCUCUUUUAGAGAUCAAGGAACAUGAUUGGGUGACUGGUUGUGGAGUUUUCCCUAUGCUCAAAGAAGACGAAAACUGUGUUCUUGUUGGUAAUGAAAAUGAUUAUCAGGUGACUGAUAUCGAAGUCCAGAAUAGCGUGAGAUCUAUUCCUAAACUCGACACUCUUAUCUUGGUCAAGGCUAUGUUGAAGCAGCACUCGUUUUCCAACCCGUUCCACAAUAUCAAGGAAAAGUUUCGGAAGCGAGGCCGGUCAAACUCAGCCCCUGGGGACGUUCAUAUCUACCUAGACAGUCAUACUCACACGGUUCGAUUGCCAUCCCUUACAGAAAGUGGUGAAGAUUCAGACAGUGCCUGUGUGACUGGGUCCGAUUAGAGGAGGGAAA